UUUACCCAAGUGUGAACGCAGGGAACAGUACGGCAGAAUAAUCUUAUAGAGCAGUAGAAUUCAGAUAAAAGCUUAAAUAAAAAAAUAAAGAAGAAUUUAAUAUGGCAGACCUUGAGAGUAUCUUAGAAAAUGACUCAACACCAGAAGCAGAUAUGAACUCUGACGAAGCUUUAAGAGAUCCGGUGAAGCAGACAGCUCUGGUUCUGACCGACGGAGACGAUUCUGUUUUCUACAGCGAGGAAGAAGAAAUCCAACACUCGGGAGCUGAAAAUAAUUCUGGUCUAAUGGAACUGGAGUCUGUAAAUGACAGUAGUGGAGUGCAGGAGGAAACAAGGAAUCCAGAGGAGAAUGCAGUGAGUCAUGCACCAUCUACACUCUCUGAAGUGCCGGUUGAAAUGAAAAAUACAUCUAAUAGAGAAGCAGGUUGCACCGAAGAGCUUUUAAAAUGCCCAGAGAUGCCACUCAUGAUGCCUGCUGCGGAUGAUCAUCCAGAGUCACAGGUUGAGGACAAGAUGGACCUGAAGAGCUCAACUCAGAGCUCUGAGAGUACACAAACACGGGACAGAGUUGCAGAUGAGAGCAGCAUCUCCGGGCCUGAUGAACCUCCAGGAUUCGGAGCCCUGGACCGACUCAGCGAUGCAAGUCUGGAGGAGGAACCGGAGCAGGAACUUGACCCAGACAUACAGAGCGAGUCCAACAACGGCAUGGAAGCCACACCAGACAAACCAUUUAACCACCUCCGGCACGCCAAGUACGGAACUGUGUCCUACCGGCAGAUUCAGCGGGGCCACACGAAGAAACGAAUCAAGGAGUUUGAGUCCAUGCAGUUCUGAAUUCACCCGGUCACAUGGUUGUGGGACCUGUGCAGGUUGCAGUUUCUUCACUGGGAAAAUGGUGUCUUAGCAAGUGGAAAUAUCUUUAAUUUAGGCAACCAUACCUCAUGUUUCCAGUAUAAGUCAUUAUGCCUUACGUAUGGGCUAGCUUGGAUGCUCUCAGUGCCCCCAUGCACCCAGGCGUGAUACCCUCGUUUACUUUUAAUACUUUUAAUUCCAUGUAGAGGAACACACUGUGCUCUCUGUAAUCUUCUACCACUUGUCCUGGCACCUUGUACCAAACGUGUCUAUAAGGACAUGAAAUUAUUUGCCAGUAUUGUGACGUCAUUACACGGCAUAAUAGUACCAAAAUGAGGUCAGAAUAAGGGUUUGGAUAAUAAUAUCACAAUUAAAUACACUGAUCAGCCAUAACAUUAAAACCACUUCCUUGUUUCUACACUCACUGUCCAUUUUAUCAGCUCCACUUACCACACUGAAGCACUUUUUAGUUCUACAAUUACU